UGGAAGGAACGUUUAAUCAAUCAACUGUUCACACAAGUCCUCUGUAAACAAAUAACAGACCAGGUAUGACGUGGUCGGGGAUUCCUCCAGCAGCCACGACUACGUCACGCAGGCUAUUUAACCCCCUGGGCUGCUAACUUUAGCGUAUCAUUCCCUUCCUUCUGGCGGAUCUAAACGACACUGGAAUUACUCACGACUCUCAAUCAAAUCAACAACAAAGGGAUUGGAGUUUCAUCUCGAAGGACACAGAGAGAAUACGCUAAGAUGUGUGAUAAAGAAGAAGCGGCUAUUCUUGAAUGUGCUCGCCAGUUGCGGAAGAUGGGCGAUCUACUCGAUUGGAAAUACAAACUUUUGGACAUACUGAAGAAGAGUUAUAAAGGGGACAAAAUCAAGUGAGACUGAAUGGAUACAUUCGCAGCUGAAGUGACAGGGUAGAACAUGCAAUGGCAUGUUCCCGCUGCCUGCCCCGCUUCGAGAUAUUCGUUGGGCGGAGAGGACGAAGGCAGCUGGUUUAAUGCGGAGAAGAAACACUGAUGAAGUCGAGCAAAGAGCCAUCUCCGAAAACCUAUGGCCAACCGCGAAGAACUAGGUGUUCCUGCCCAUGGUUCCUGCACUCCAAGCAAGUUGGAUAUUCCCGUGGAACUACCUCGGAAGAAGCCUUGAAUGGGCUGUCUGUUCCGACACCUGACCUGUGUCUGGACUGGAGUUGCCUUUGACGCGUGACUUCCCCACACCAGAAAACAAUGACUUUUUUUUUGUUUUUGUUGCUAUUAUUUAGUUUUAUUUCAUCAUACUGUUUAAACAGUGAAGUUUGUCUCUCGACGUAGCCUACUUGACAGAUUUGUUAAUAAAACAGCUUAAAUGCAUUUUCAAAUCAUGCCCCGUUUGUGAUGUGUUAUUCAGACUCACUU